AUGUUCUCCCACGGGCAACGCCAACAGCGUGAUCGGCCAAAGCAACAACACAGCUCCUCCCGCAUCCCAUCAAGACCUGCGAGCUCCAACAAGAGCAACAAGCCCUUACCUCUCAUCGCGGCCCUUGAGUAUCGGUCGAACAAGACUGUUGCCUCUGCCGAUCGUUUCGAGAACGAGAAUGUUUCAACCGUGGUCUCGGCUGGACCCACGAAGCCUCAUGCAGCAUCAGCUGAAAAUGUCACUCCUCAGCGAACCAUGACAAGCUCUUCAUUAUACCCUGGCUCUUCGGCAUCUACCUUUGAAAGAAUGCCUCGGAAUACACUCCGCCGUAAGCCGUCGGGCGCCAUCGACAAAUAUGCUGCUCAAAAGCGCUCAGACUCGAGCGUAUCGCGACUAGAGAGGCCUUCUGUCGCCGACAAGCUUGGUAUUCACCGGAACGACGAGAACCAUGCUGCAUCCUGUACGACCGCACCGCUGGCCCCAACGAUUCUCAAGGAUCGACACGGCUCGAUGGAUUCUGCAGUAGAUCUUUCCGGACGCAGUUCAUUACGCGGACUUACACCUCCAGUCAACGGCUAUGCAUCUUCGGGUACACCCUCGACCCGAUAUACCGACUCUCCCUUCAGCCAUGCUCCCACUCCCAGCUCGACAUCAUCCUACUCUCCAGCCAUUGGAACGACAUACUCGGACAGUGGAUGGAGUCCUGGCAAAGCACGACCUGCUCCGCCCAGAUCAGUGUCUGAAAAGUCAGUCGAGGUCCGAGGCGGCUUGCCGCCAGUGAGAGAAGCCUCAAGAUCGUCUCGCCCCACCGCAGCAGGGCUUGACCCAGCUGGCCUCAAGAGCAACCAGCCCGAAAUCAAAGUGCACACACGUACGGUCGACUCUUCAGAGCCGGCGACUCGCAAUCGUUUGAGAAAGCCAGUCUCCAAUACUGUAGCUAAAUGGGAAGUCCAAAUACCUCCGGAACUUGCGCACCUCAAUGUUGACGUUCAGCCACCCGUACAUCCAGCGCCACGCAAGGCGCAAACUCCGGCGCGGCCGAGUCGAAUCGGUGCCUCUAAUAUCGUUGAAACAUCGAGUGCAUCGGCGGUGAUUCACAGCGAUCUGCCUCACUUGUAUAGAACAUACCACAAGCGAACCUCGUCACAAGAGGCGCCACCCUUGCCCGCCUCGCCUACCAAGGCUCGAUUCGGACUUUCUUCAAGAUCAUCGUCCAGCACAAGGUCUCCUCGGAUUGACUCUGCUGUAUCUCCUCCCCCUUCUGCACGCCGAUUUAUGAGGAGUCGCACACCCGAUACGCCUCACGCAGGUCCUUCGCGUGUGACCCGUAAGGAUUCACCGGCAUUAUUGCCUCGUCCGAGUCCCGCCAAGUCUCCACGGUUUGGCUUCUUCUCACGCAAGGCGAAUUCAGACACGCCCAAGGUUAGCGAGAAGCCGAAACGCCAUCCUUCAAGGGGACCAGCCGCUGGCACCGGGCACGAGGCAUAUGCGAAACUCGGCUUCCGUGGGCGGAGUGGCAGCACGACGGGUACGGAUCAUAGAUCCGCUAGUGCAGACAGCGUCUCGAGUGGUCGAACUCGCCCCUGGGCCUUCAGAAAAGGCAGCAACGCCAGUAGCGAUGCCUCCGAAUUUGACGAUUUUUUGCGCGAGCGAAUACAACCCGUGGUCAUUCGCGGAAAUAAUUCUGGCAGCCAUGCGUUCGAGGACAGUCUGGAAAAAUCUACGCCGUCCUCCGACCGACCUUCCGUCGGAAGUAGCCAUGGCCUGAGCCGAUCCCCGACGCAGCCAGAUGUCAGUUUGCAGCAACAAUCUCGGUCGUCAAGCGUAACCAAUCUUACAAGCGAUGCACGGCACUCCAAUGCGGGCAUGCCACCUAGUGUUGAUCCUCGCUCAGCGUCAAGAGAUGUCGAGCCGCAACUUCCACAGAUCAAUUCGCAGAGAGCCGAGAGCAAGUGGAACUUCUUCCAGCGAGCUAGUGUCAAGACUCCCGUCAGUAAACUACAGAAGACGCCAACUCAACGUGCGCCUGCUACGACCCGUUCACAGCUGCCGACCAGAGCAGUAGCUCACUAUGCCAUGGUGGACCACCUGGAUAGCGUCGGCCUCGAAGAGGUGGUACGCAUGCUGCAGGACGACUCUUCCGAUGGGUACUUCGAUUGCUCCGACCUAGGGACUCCGAGUUUCCCUGGGCACUCUGCACUACAACCCGCCGAGACCUCUCUUCAACGGAAUGGAAUGCAUGCUUCGGGAUCUGACAGCAGUGUUCAAUCCCGCCAGAUCCAUGUGUCAACAAUUGAAACCAGCCGGCAGCAACAACCUUCUGCGUUGGCCAUCUCCAUGCCUGAGCCUAUCAACUACGGACUUCCGGACUGUCAGCCAAGGAAUGGACGAGUUCCAUCUGGCGGGUCGCGCUCCUGUCUUCAGGAGUGGCGAUCUGCAUAUACAGCGGACGCAAUUGGUGCAUCCCUUGCUAAUGCCCAGAACUCCGACAAGCAGUGCGCCCAGCAAGCUAGACUUCCUUCCGUGGGCAGAAUUCCGACUGUGGUCUCACGUCGAGAUCGGGAACGGACGUUGUCAAACAACUCCUUUUCACGCCCAUUUGCCCAUGCUCAACCUCGUCCAAGUGUCAAACCACCUGGUUCGGUGUAUAGCCAAAUCCGAGACAUGGCCAGUCCAGUGGAUGUGAACGAGCAGCAGCCUGCGUCGAGCAGCAGCACACGCUCGAAUGGCAACUUUGCUGAUGCCGAGAGCAGCACGCAGACGAUUCCCAGUAUUGCUAAUCGUACAAGCAUUGAAGCUUAUGCGCAAGGGGCCUUCCUCGCAUUUCCUCCACGGAAAGGGUCAGAGAAUUCCUACCAAUCUGUCUCCAGCAACUCGGGAAACGGGAGCUGGCUAGACCUCAUACUACCACCACAACAAGACGAUAUCUGGGAUGACGAGUACAACGACUUUAUGGAUGAAGUUAUGCCUCUGCGAGCAUCCACGAUUGGAGCGAAAGCUCCUUCUCAGCACUCUGGCGUACUGCACAACAUCCUUCCAUAUCAGCAACCACUCCCCGCAAUGACCCAGCCGCCGACCUCGCAGAUUCCACGACUACCAGGAACAAACACGAAAGCUACCGUGCUCACUGUACCGCAGCAGAUCUCGCGUUUUCUCCAACCAUCAGUCUCACCCAUGAGUCCUGAUACUGUGUCCGCCUUCAUCGAUGGGUAUGGGGACCUUAACUGCAGCACAAGCACGCUGCACACCUCGGAAUUGAUAAACGGCCCGAGCUCCAGAUACUCAUGGGCCCAGCAGAGGGACCGGUGCAGUGGCGAUGGCUCUCGUGAUAGCGUCGCCUCCUCCCGGCGCAGUAGAGUCUCGACGCACUCCAGAUCAGCAUCGCUGCCGGAAGCCCUCCAAAUAUCACAACAAGGUAGCACAUUAGCUUCAUCGCCUGGCUGUUCCCAAAAAGAGGCUAGGCUAGAGGGAAUCGCAGGAUCGAUCGAUCUCAACAUCGAUCUCAGAUUCGGCGCAUUGAUGACAGGCAAAUGGCUCUGCAAUGGGCGUGUACUGUUCAGCCCGGCCCACCAUGAGAUCCAGACAGCCGACGAACCUCGGAUUCUCGUGGUUGAUGGUCUGACCAGCGACUGGGCGCAAUGCAUCGCAAGCUCAUAUCCUUGCGCUCAAGUUUACAACAUGUCGGUCCAAUCUCCAGGAGCUCCGAUGUUCGCAUAUCCAGAGCAAGACGAGUGUGUACCCGCGAACUAUCGCCAGAUUCCACUUUCUUCCAUAUCGGCUUCUUUCCCGUUUCCGAAGGGCUUCUUUACAUCUGUGGUGUUCCGGUUCCCUACAGCAUCGACAGAGGAGUCUUAUGCAGCUUGUGUCUCAGAGUGCAGGCGAGUUCUUCGUCCCGGCGGGCGCCUUGAACUCGUCGUUCUGGAUCUGGAUCUUAAGCACAUGGGCCCCAAGUUGAGACUCGCGGUUCGCGGGCUGAAGACGAGGAUGCAGCAGUCGGACUCGGGUGUCUGCUUGCAAAACUUGAGCGACAUCUUCGUUCGACUGGUCGGCGAGCAGGGCUUCGAAUCUGGACAGCGCUACAUGAUGGGCGUUCCUGCCGCUGGUAAAAUUCCUCGAACUCGAGAUGUCGUGACCAGCAGCGUCAGCUCCGACUCUUCGAGCAACCUGAGCUGGGGACGACAAGCAAGCGACAGCGUCGGCAAGCCAUCUACCUUCGCAGAUAUCCUCGAAGGAGCACGAACAAACAUCUUGAGCCCUGGAAGCGCCAACGACGAGAAGAUCACCAAGAUGAUGGCGCGCGUCGGUCGAUGGUGGUAUGCCGCAUGCUACGAAAAGGCGCUUCUGCCGUCGGACCGGAGCAUCUGGGGCGAUCCUGCUCUGCUACGCGAGUGUCACAGGCAAGAUACGAGUUUUCGACUCCUGAUCUGCCAUGCACAGAAACCCUUCCAGGCUCGCAGGAGGACUCACGAAGUUUGGACCCUACGGCUUCCAAGACAUCUGGACCCACUCUUCGAGACUUCGGAAAGAGUAGAUGAGCAAACCUCACACACCAACUCGUCAUACAAGAAGCAGAAUCGCCUCAUCGUCAAGCUCAAGAUGUCGAAUAUUCAAGUGCUAAAGGCUGAGGACGCCGACAUGGGCAGAAUCUUCGAAAUCGCCGCCUUGGCUUUCGCUCGAAAUGAGCCAGUAUGGGACACAAUGUACCCGCUCCAUUGGACUGACGAGGGUCGAGCACAAGGUGCCGAACGCAUGAAACGUAUCAAGAAUUCGGAUCCCAACACCGUUUACCUCAAAGCCGUCAACAAAGACACCAACGAGAUCAUGGCCAUGGCGAAAUGGAACAUCUGGACUGAAGACACCAUCAAAAAUUCCGAGAACGUCGACAAAACGAAGCCCAACUUUGCAACGCCAGAGGACGAGUCCUAUGCCACGGCAAUGGUAUCCAAGUUCCUGGAAGAGCGUAAUGCCGCCAUCAAGCGAACGAAGGGAAACCUUGUCUCACUGGACAUUCUCACCGUAGAUCCAGCUCAUCAAGGCAAAAAGGUCGGCCACGCUCUGGUGCAAUGGGGACUAGCAGAGGCCGAUCGAUUGGGCUUCGAGGCCAUCGUUGAGAGCAGUGUGUAUGGAAAGGGCUUGUAUGAGAAACAUGGCUUUGUCUUUCAGAAGGAUGUGCAGGUGAAGGUGGAUGGGUAUCCUGACCGACCAACAGGAGCCUUUGCUUGGUUGACGAGGCCCAAACAAUCUGCGUAG